AUGUCUACAACCACAACCCAAUGUCGAGAACCACAACCCAAUGUCACCAACCCAAUAUCUACACAACCAAUGUCUACAACCACGACCAAUAUCUACCAUGUCACAACCACAACCCAAUGUCUACAACCACAACCCAAUGUCUACAACCACAACCCAAUAUCUACAACCACAGCCCCAUGUCUACAACACAACAAUGUCUACAACCACAACCCAAUGUCUACAACCACAACCCAAUGUCUACAACCACAACCCAACGCCCGGUACGACCCGUCUAAACCACCCACCACCUUCGAGACUCCCACGCCGCGACACUCCCAAGAACAGCAUUACAACCUCAGCAAAGUGUGCCAAGGACCACAUCAAGUGUCGUGA